ACUCUCUGGAGACAAUUUAGGAAACGGCAGCAGUGCGACGUCGUCAGCUUCCUGGGUUCAAAGUUCAUUGUGGCGCUGUGGGGCAGGAGCAGGGAGGAGCUACGCCAAAGGAUUUACUCCCACCAGCCAAUCAGGGAGUGGCAGGGCCAACCUGCCCACAUGUAUGGAGAGAUCAUCCACUCCUCUCUGGUGACGCUCUACAACGAUUACACACAGGGCAUCCUUCCCCUUUCUGGACUUUCCUUGGAAGCGGUCUCCGUGGACCCUAAAGCGCCACAUUCGCCGCACAUGUUUGAGAUCAGCGGGCCAACGGUGGACUCCAAGGUCUUCAUAUGCGCCAGCGCUGCAGAGCUACAGAGAUGGAUGCAACACAUAGAAGACAGGAAGUACAAGUCAAUGGCUCAACCCAUGAGUCCCUCCCACUGCGCCCUCUCCUAUCUUUUACCCUGUGAUGAGCAUUGGAAAAGAGAAGAACUGAAAAAGUACUUACUGCAAGCUCCCAUUUGGCAGUGGGAGGGCUCGCCGAUACAGCACAUGGGUCAGCCGGGGUACAUAUCCAUCGUCCACAUCAUCAACACACAGAGACGGGGCCUCCAGGAGAGACUGAUGGUUCUCUUCCCUCAAGACGUCCUGCUGCUGUCAGUUGACAACAAGCGUCUGAAUAUAAGAUAUGAGCCGGACAGAAACCGCCCCGUUCCUGUGAGUCGCAGCGCACCUCCACUCAUGCCAAAGCUGCAGAGGAGCAGGAAGGAGUCCCAGGAAGCCGUGACGCCAGCCGGCCAACGCCACAUCACCGGCCGCAGCUGACUCGUGGGAAUGUGAAACAAGCUCGACUUUUAUUACACGUCUGAAACGACAUGGAGAGACGGAAUCGUGAAAACACCUUUGAAAGAAAUGAAACCUCCCAUCCUUCAGUAUCCUUGUCUGGACCUCCUCUUUCAUAAAAGAG